GUCCCACGUGACGCGGCGCUGUACACAGCCGGGAACUUCCCUCUGGGUCUGGCCCGGCUUUUGGUGGCGCCUGGAAAGGAACAGAAAGAGAGAGGCGAGAGAGGGCCGUGGUCCGUGGCAGCCUCUUCGACCGCUGCCCAGGAGCUGAGCCUCACAGCGGGGCUUGGGGGGAGGCUCCAUUUUGUCUGGCUUUUGUUCUUGUGGGUCCUUAUUUUCCACAACAUUGCCUGAUUGUUGGAAGACGGCACUUCUAAUUCUUUUGCUUGUGGCACAGAAUGUUGAGAUGCCUCCUAAACGGCAGAGAAAAAACAACCUCCCUGUUCCCCUUCAAGAGGGAAUAAUCCUGAAAGAUACUGAGAAGAGAGAGUGGCGACUGGGUCGUAUGAUUGCCCAUGGAGGGUUUGGACUGAUCUAUCUAGCUUCCCCUCACCUUGAUAUUCCUGUAGAUGAAAAUGCAGAACAUGUCAUUAAAGUGGAAUACCUUGAGAAUGGGCCAUUGUUUUCCGAACUGAAAUUCUACCAGCGAGCUGCAAAACAAGAGUCCAUCAACAGAUGGAUGACAUGCAGGCGCUUAGCUUUUCUAGGAAUUCCUAGAUUCUGGGGAUCAGGCCAGACAGAACACAACGGCAAAAGUUACAGAUUUAUGGUGAUGGAAAGGUUAGGAGAGGACCUUCAGACCACCUUUGAACGAGAAGGACGAAGGUUUGACAAAGGAACUGUACUUCAGAUUGGGGUAGGAAUGCUGGAUAUUUUGGAAUAUAUACAUGAAAAUGAGUAUGUUCAUGGAGACAUUAAAGCGGCAAAUUUGCUUUUCGGCUACAGGAAUCUGCAUGAGGUUUAUCUUGCAGAUUAUGGACUCGCCUACAGAUAUUGUCCCAAUGGGAACCACAAAGAGUAUCGGGAAAAUCCUAAAAAGGGCCAUAAUGGGACAAUAGAGUUUACCAGCUUAGAUGCCCACAAGGGAGUAGCACAAUCCAGACGAGGGGACCUUGAAAUCCUGGGCUACUGUAUGCUGCAGUGGAUUUGUGGGAAGCUGCCCUGGGAGAAGGACCUGACGAAUCCUGAAGCUGUACAAGCAGCAAAAACAAAGUUCAUGGAUGAACUUCCAGAUUCAGUGACCAGAUGGGCUCCUCCGGGAAUAAGCUGUGGUGAAAUAGCCACAUUUUUGGAAAAAGUUUCUAAUCUAGCAUAUAAUGAAACGCCACAGUAUGAGAUGCUGAAGAAAAUCCUCCUAAGUGGCCUAGAACACAGAGGACGCUGUUAUGACCCUUUCAAUUUUACCACUGUUACAAGCACUCUGACUGAACAUACCAGUAACCCCAAGAAAACAGAUUUGCCAAAACCGACUCCAAAACCUGGGAAAGAAGCAAAAGAGAUCAAGCAGGAAAAUAAGGGACUUCCCUAUCAGAGAAAAGCCAUUGUGAGAAGACAAGAUGAGCAGCUGCAGGCCCAAGUGAGCAAGCCUCUUCAGAGUCAAGUGGCAAGUAAAGAACCUCCAUCUGGGACAUGUCUGUUUCACAAGACCUUCCAGAAAGUUGAAGAAAAAUCCAUACAAAAUGGAAUUACUUAUUCACCAGUCUGUCAACCUUUGUCUAGCUCUUCCAGGUGGAGCAACCCUGUACUAAGUGAAGAACUGUACCGAUAUAUUAUAGCUAUUGUUGUGCUCCUACUGUUAAUACUGCUUUCUUUGUACUUCCUCUGAGAUCAUCUUUGGUGUGUCUGUUUCCAGAGAGCAGGGCUAGGCAGUUACUGGUUUUCUGAACUUCCACUUCAAGGUUUCUUCAGACAUUUUCAAAGUGAUUUGCUGGAUUUUUUUUAGGAAGCAGAAGGAGGGAGGGUGUCAUUAGAAAGAGUAUUUGAUAGAUCAUCUAAACUUUGCUUACUAUAUUUUCUAAUUGUAUUACAAAUAGUACUUUGCCAGACUUAUUUUCAGUUUUAAAUCGAGUGAUUAAAUUUCAUAUUCCUACAAAGGAACACACUUGAGUCUUUCAAAUACAAGCGUUCAGAACUAUAA